UACUUCCGUCUAGGUGAAACUCUAUGGUUGUAACGGGGUCAGCGGUUCACGGGUUUAGACCAUCUCACAGAAGCCUGGAAUAAUUUACAGUUGAAGAAUAAUGAAAUAUGAAACCUGCCUUUUACGAACAUCACAUUGACCAACAAAGAUUUUAACGGAAAUCUAACAUUUUCUAUACGUAUGCAUCCGAGGUUGAAUUUAUGAGGGAGGCAGCGGAGGAUUCUCCCGAAGAUGAGGCGGCUGUCCCGGAAGAAAGCUCUCAACCUGGUGAAGGAACUGGACGCUUUCCCAAAGGUUCCUGAAAGCUACGUAGAAGCUACAGCGAGUGGGGGAACCGUCUCUCUCAUUGCCUUCACCGCGAUGGCCAUCCUGGCCUUUUUCGAGUUCUUUGUGUACCGGGACACCUGGAUGAAGUAUCAGUAUGAGGUAGACAAGGACUAUACCAGUAAAUUAAGAAUAAAUAUAGACAUUACUGUUGCAAUGAGGUGCCAACACAUCGGUGCGGAUGUGCUGGAUCUGGCAGAGACCAUGGUAGCAUCAGAAGGCCUUGAGUAUGAGCCGGUCAUUUUUGAACUCUCUCCCCAACAAAGACUAUGGCACAGGACCCUCAUCCUGAUCCAGAACAGGCUUCGGGAGGAGCACUCUCUGCAGGACGUCCUGUUCAAGAGCGUGCUGAAGGGCUCCCCUACUGCCCUGCCCCCACGGGAGGACACACCCACCCACCCCCUCUCUGCCUGUAGGAUACACGGGCACCUCUACGUCAACAAAGUAGCUGGAAAUUUCCACAUCACAGUGGGCAAAGCUAUCCCUCAUCCUCGAGGCCAUGCCCACCUUGCUGCUCUUGUCAGCCAUGACACAUAUAACUUCUCCCAUCGGAUAGAUCAUCUGUCCUUUGGGGAGGAAGUCCCUGGAAUCAUAAACCCCUUGGAUGGCACGGAGAAAGUCUGCACAGAUCAUAAUCAGAUGUUCCAGUACUUCAUCACUGUGGUGCCAACAAAACUGGAAACCUACAAGAUCUCUGCCGACACACACCAGUACUCUGUCACAGAGCGGGAGCGUGUGAUUAACCAUGCUGCUGGUAGUCAUGGCGUUUCGGGGAUCUUUAUGAAGUAUGACAUCAGCUCUCUGAUGGUGACGGUCACUGAGCAACACAUGCCAUUUUGGCAGUUCCUGGUGCGGCUCUGCGGAAUCAUCGGGGGAAUCUUUUCUACCACAGGCAUGCUCCACGGACUGGUGGGGUUCUGCGUGGACAUCAUCUGCUGUCGCUUCAAACUGGGAGUUUACCGACCCAAAGAGAUAACCAUCUCUGACAGCCUGGUGAAUAACCACACCCCUCUGCUCUCAGAGAACAGUGCACACUAGCUGGACCCUGGGGGUGGGGUCGACGGACCCCCCUGCACACAGGAAUGUUUUAACCCCACCAGCCCUUUUCUACACACUGAACAUUUCUUACACAAACUGAUGGGAGCAAACCACUGGCCGCAGAGGGGGGGGGUUCUAAGCGAGGAAGGAUCUGAAAUGGAGAAGUGACGCUAUGGCCUGAACUAUCGUGGUGAUUUUUUUUCCCCCCUUGUAUCUUUAAUAUUGUUAUUAAUUUGUGAUUCUGUCACCAUGGAGAAACCCAGUACUGUGUGAAAUAUUCCCGAGUGUCGGAAAGAGGGAAGAAAAACUUAAGGCCCGGACACACCAAACCGACGGUCGGCCGUCGGACGUUGGUGGCGCCCUGUCGGCCGAGUCUUUCCGGUGUGUCCCGCACGCCGACACUCCAUCGGCGUGUUUUGGAGGGCUCCGACGCCGAUUCAACAUGUUGAAUCAGCAUCGGAGCCCCCGGAGCCGUCGAUGAGAGAGAGCUCUCUGAUUGGCUGUCCAGCUAGCGAAUCAGUGCACGAGAAGAGAAACGGAAGCGACGAAAGCAAGCAAACGAGGAAGUCAAGAGGACACAGACAAGUUACUAUCACUACCAGACAUAAUUUUUGAUUAGUAUUACUAAAUAGCGAGAGAACAAGGAAAUUGCUGCAAACUGUUUGUUGUGAGCGAGACAAUGGCUGCUUCUAGGUCCAACGCAAUGCAAACGCAUUCCCCGGUCUUCCGGUUUCCAACUCUCCUGAUGUGGACUUAUGACCUCUCACGCAGGUGCAGAACGUACGUGCAACUCGGCCGUCGGCGGACCGUCGUUGUGGUGUGUUCGGCACAGACAACAUUAACGACGCGUAUCGACGCAAGGCGAUCUUUGUCGGCGCUCCGCUGCCGACCGUCGGUUUGGUGUGUCCGGGCCUUUAAACUUGUCCUACACUUGUUCAGACUCUGUACACCUGUCCUGCGCCUGUAUACAUAUUCUACACAUGUACACCUGUAUGGACCCUGUACACCUUUGUGUUUUUCCCUCCGGAUAGAUGCGGACACAGGAUUUCACACAUUUUCUGAGACAAACCCUGAUCUUGUUGAUGUUUUCUCUAUGUUUGGGGUUGGGUUAAAACAACUACAUUUUUUCUUUUGAAACCGCACUGGACUAAUAGGUCUAAUGCCCUGGAUUUAUAUUGCCAUUUUAAAGAAGUGAUUUGACUGAUAUUGCAGGAAGACCGGCUGUGUUGAGGGGGGAUCUGUGUUUUACA